CUGCAGAAGUUCAGCUGUUCUCGUUAUCUGGAGUUCCCGAACGGUGUUUGCACAAAUGACAAAAACGAGAUACUGAUUUCGGACAAUCGCGCGCAUUGCAUCAAGGUGUUCUCCUAUGAAGGGCAGUUCUUGCGUCAAGUUGGAGGUGAAGGCAUAACCAAUUAUCCUAUUGGUGUAGCUAUCAAUGCUAUGGGCGAUGUCGUUGUAGCAGAUAAUCAUAACAACUUCAAUUUGACCGUGUUCUCGCAGGACGGCGCUAUGAUUGGUGCUCUCGAAUCCAAAGUAAAGCAUGCACAAUGUUUCGACGUUGCUCUGGUGGACGAGACCAGCGUAGUUCUGGCUUCGAAGGAUUACCGCCUCUACCUCUAUCGUUUCCAACGUAGUGCCGGUGGUGUGCAGCAGUAG